CCGGGGGUCCCCCCCAUGGCCGCGCUGCCCCCCGAGGCCUCCUGCCCCGUGUGCCGGGAGCUGUUCCGCGACCCCGUGUCCAUCCACUGCGGCCACAACUUCUGCCGGGGCUGCAUCGAGCGCUGCUGGGAAUGGGCCACCGACACCUUCCCCUGCCCCCGCUGCCGGGAGACGGCGCCGGAGCGGAGCCUCCGCCCCAGCCGGGAGCUCGCCCGGGUCCUCGACAUCGCCCGCAGGCUCGGCCUGGGGGGAGAAGAGGAGGAGGAGGAGGUGGAGGAAGGCUGUGGGAAGCACCGGGAGCCGCUCAGGGUGUUCUGCAAGGAGGACAAAGCGCUGCUGUGCGGGGUCUGCCGAGAGUCCCGAGUCCAUCGUGCCCACACCCUGGUGACCCUGGGGGAGGCGAGGGGAGAGUACGAGGCACAGCUCCAGGCCCGGCUGCAAACCCUGAGGGAAAACAGGGACAAACUCCUGGAAUUCCGGGAGGCUGAAAUGAGGAGGAACUGGGAGUGUUUGGAAAAGACGGAAUGUGAGCGGCAGAGGAUCCUCUCCCACUUCCAAGGGCUCCGGGUGUCCCUGGAGGGUCACGCCCGGGGGCUCCUGGCCCGGCUCCGGGACCUGGAAAAGCAGCUGGAGAAGGAGCAGGAGGAAAACCUGACGAGCCUGACCCAGGAGAUCUCCCGCCUGGAAACCCGGAUCCGGGAGCUGGAGGAGAAGUGUCAGGAACCCACCAGGACCUUCCUGCAGGACAUCUGCAGCACCCUGAGCAGGUUCCAAAAUGAACAAUUCCAGCUGCCCCCGUCGCCUCUCCCAGAGCUGGAAAAGAAAAUCAGCAAAUUCAGGGAGAAAAAUCAUGUCCUGGAGGAGACCCUGAGGAGCUUCCAAGACAUCCUGAUGUUCGAGCUGCCCGAAAAGAUUCUGGUGACCCUGGACCCCUCCACGGCCCACCCGCAGCUCGUGGUGGCCCCCGACGGUCGCAGCGUGAGGUGGGAACCCCCCCGGGAACCCCUCGAAGAGACCCCCGAGGAGACCCCCGAGGACCACCCUGAGGAGCCCCCUGAGGAGGGUCCCGGCCCCGACCCCUCCCCCGACCCCGGCCCCGACCCCUCGGUGCGGGGCCACCCCGGCGUCACCUCGGGGCUCUGCUGCUGGGACGUGGAGGUGUCACCCUGGGGCUCGUGGGCCCUUGGGGUGGCCCUGGAGAGCCCCCCGGGCGAGCUGUGGUCCAUGGGGCUGUGCCAGGGGCAGCUCUGGGCGCUCACGGCCCUGGAGCGGGUGCCCCUGGCCCGGGGGAGGGUCCCCCGGAGGGUGAGGGUGGCCCUGGACCACGGCGGGGGCCGGGUGGCGUUUUUGGACGCCGAGAGGAGGGAGCUGAUCUUCGCCUUCCCCGCGGCCUCGUUCGGGGGGCGGAGGGUGCACCCCUGGUUCCUGGUGUGGGGGGAGGGUGCCCGGAUCACCCUGUGCCCAUGAGGGUCCCUCCCCGGGGUGGGGGGGUGAGGGGGGUCCCCCCCUUUCCAGGACUGGCUGCCCGAGUCCUCCCCUGCUCUCCGUGCUCGGGGUCUCCCCGAGAAUAAAAAAAACCCAAAA